GACGUCUGCUGGUCCGUCCGUCCGUCCCCCUGCGCUCCCAGCCAUGGCCGCGCCGGCCCCCGCGCCCCGCAUCCUGCUGCUCUUGCUGCUGUUGCUCCCGGCGCCUGAGGGAGCCCAUAGUCAGCUGUGUAUGACUUCUCGUGGGCGCAAGGUCGACCCUUGGGUCUGUCCUGUUUUCUGCUGCGGCAGCUGUCAUGACCAGUACUGUUGCUCGGACGUGCUGAAGCAGGUUGUGUGGAUGGGGGAAGAUUGCCGUUCUCCGGAGGCCAGUGUCCUCACCGACGAGUUCGACUCCCGCUUCAACAACGACCCCAUGCCCAAGUUUGGCACAGUGAUCGCCAUUGGGGUGACCCUCUUUGUGAUCGCCGUGGUCACCGUCAUCGUCUGCUGCACCUGCUCCUGCUGCUGUUUGUACAAGAUGUGCCGCCGACCGAGUCCGGUUGUGACCACCACCACGGCCACCACGGUGGUGCACACCCCUUACUUGCAACCGCCCAGCUACCCUGGACCAACAUACCAGGGCUACCACUCCGUGGUCCCCCAGCCGGGGAUGCCAACAGCACCCUACCCGACCCAGCCCAUGGGCCCCCCCGCCUACCACGAGACGAUGGCUGGAGGUGCAGCCCUGCCCUACCCUGCCAGUCAGCCUCCUUAUAAUCCGGCCUACAUGGAGCCCCCGAAGGCAGUCCCCUGAGCACGCCCUGGCAUCUCUGGCUACCAGCUGAUCUGUCCUGUGUGUGUGAAUGGGUGUGCGGGUGCGGGCCUCUUCUCCCCGGAUGUGGUGUGUGUGUCCCGUUUGUACCUGAGGCUUCUGGUGAUGGCGAUGACGGGUGCGGGAAGCAGUCCAUGUCAGAGUUGCCGGGACCAUGCUGUGCUCCCCUCCUCACUUGAGAUCAUGCUGCCCGGAACCCCACAGAACAGUUCUUUUCCAGCCACCCCAGCGAGACCUGGGGCCGGAGCAGGGAUGCUUGUCGUGCUAGGACAGCACAGCUUUUGUGCGGGCAGGAUGCACCCGUCCUCCGGUUUCUGUAGCAGGACUAGCCGUGGCACGAGGCCAGGGCUUGUCCCCAGGUUUGUCUUUGAAGCACCAGAGCCACGGUGCGGGCUAGUGGGUGAGGCUGAGGACCUGGCUGCAGGUGGGUCUCGACCUUUCCCGUGGCUCCUGCAGCCUGGGCUGUGCCCUGUGGAGGGUGGGUGGCCACCUGAUUAUCUGAACGCCUCAGGUGGAGCCCCACCCUUCCUGAAAACUAUCUUCCUGGAUCCUUCUUGCACCCUUCCUGGGACCACCUGGAGACCCCCACUUACCCAUGGUUCUGGUUGCCCCGGUUGGCCCUGGCCCCUUUCACAGGUGGACAGGGCAGCCUCUGACCACUUAUCCACUCAGGUGUCCUCCCUGCAGUGUUUUUACUUUUAGCUAAAUAUUCUACCUUGUUUUCUGUUUCAAAAUGUGUAUAAGGGUUGCUGUGAGGCUGAAACCGUUGGGUCCUAGAGGGAGACUUCCCCAGAGAGGAGAGGGACUCAAGAGUCCCUGCUUCCCCAUCACCAGUCUCACAGACUACCCGGCUGCUGGACCCCAGGCCUAGGUAUGUCCUGGCAGCGGGUACACCUGGGCCAAGGUGUCGUCUGGACCAAAGGUGGAGGGGACCCUGAGGGGGCUCCUGUGACCUAGACACAUACCUCGGUGUUCCCCACCCCUCUGUUCGUGUCUUACCACGUUGUAGGUCGGGACCUCUUAAUGUGUUUUGGAGUCUCGGGUCUGCACCCUUGUUUGUAAUAAAUGCAGAUAUUUCAA